CUUUUCUGCCGCGAGAAGUGGGCUGCCAAAACUGUUGAACGACGACGACGUACAUGUUGACUACCCCUUUGACACUGAUGAUGAAUACAUAACAGAGAGUGGAUUCCAACCAACACUCCCAGGGGAGAUCACAAAAUUGUCAAGCGCUCUGGCGCUCUUCAAGGCAUCGCGAGUCUUAUCCAAGGUUUUGGUGGAGCUCUACCCGUCGUCUGCGUCACACGAGAUAUCUUUCCAGCAGAUCUCGGCAUUGGACGCGGAGCUGCUUGAGUGGAAGAACAAUCUACCGCCACAUCUGCGGCUCAACAUGACUGAUGACAAGUCUCCGACCGAUGCCACAAGCAGCCGUUCCCCAAUCUUGGUAUGUUGACACUGAUGCCGGAAUCCGUAUGUGUGCGCGCAUACUAAACUCCCCAUAUAGGCUCUGGCUUAUUACAGCAUACGCACUUUGAUUCAUCGCCAGGGCUUCGCCUCAAACAUGGCUCCUAAAGCUGCGUCUUCCGGCAUUGCUGUCAGUGAAUGCGUCAAGCACACCGUGCAAACCAUCAAAUUGCUGGACGAGCGGGGCCUGUCGUUUUCUUUCUGCUUCAACAAGACGGACACCAUGGUCAUCGCAUUCUUUACGCUUUUAUACCUAAGCUUGGACGUUCACCCGGACAGCAAGAUGAUGAAGGCGUUGGGACGUGUGACUAGCGUGGUCCUCGAAAUGCUCAUCAGGCACAACAUCACAGGCAUCCUGCCGUUACAACAAGCAGCCUCCCAGCUGGUGCCUCUCCGCAGCACAACAACUCGUAUCAGUUCACAGCCUCCAAGUCCGGCUACAAUUACGAAAGCCACUCAACCACGUGGUUCUGUGUCACAGCUGUCACCCAAGAGCACAAAGCAGCGAGGAGCGGGUAAUGGCACUGACACAAAGUCGUCCACACAACAGAGCCGGCCUCGGCGCGUGACCAUGUCGAACGAUAAUGGUACGCUGCCCAGGGUUGAGCCAGCCACACGAGGGUCCCUGGAUCUUGGCAUUUUCGAGAACCCAGUCGUUGAAAGUCCGGAAAAUUCGUCGGGAUCCAUCGUCCCAAAGACCAUCCGCUCUGCAUCGGCACGGACUGCCAGACCAGGCCUUGACUAUUUGUCCUUUGACCAAAACCCGACCAAUGCCCCAACAGGUGUAUCGCCUUCCGUAGCAUCUUCUACAUUGCAGCCGCAAGAUCUUACAGCAUCGCAUCAGAUGUUCAUGGGCAACGACAUGCCGACAAAGCCCAGACAGAGGGCAGACGUCUCGGUGUCUGAGUGGGAGGCCAUCCUUGGGGCCAUGGACGGCGGGCAAAUCUAUCACGCCAUCUAUGGCGGCGGCCCGUCCGUCUCCCCAGGCGAUGUGCCUUCUUCGGCAUCGAACACGGCGCCUUCCUGGUCGCCUGACGGGUGGGAUCUGUCAGGUUUCCAGAUCAAUGGUGACAUGGCUGCUGGGCCUCAGUCCGCAGAUGAUUUUGCAAACACCGAUAUGUUCGCGGGCAUCACCACUGACGACUUUCACAUGCAUGCCCACAGCCACGGCCUUGAGGGCGGCGCUGUAGGCACGAGUAUGGAUACAGAGACCAAUGUGUCAUGGUCAUAUACCGACCCGUGGGAUGCGCAGGCAACUGCCAGUGGGCACUAGCCUGGGCCAGUAAAUGAGAUCUUGCUAAGACGCAAUGUC